AUGACAUGCUACAGUACUGCAAGAGCUCAUACUGAGCCUACCGUAGUACAAGUGAACAUACUAAACCAAACACCCCCAUCUUCACCAGAGCCAGAGCCUUCCCCUGAGCCCCCCCAACAACCCGUCCAAGGUACUGCGGAGACUGUAAACGAGGCCACUGCACCCGGACCUCAAUCAACUGGGCCUAGGG